AUGGCGCCGCUGGCCGACCUGUACCAGGUGUCCAUGGCCUACGGGCACUGGCGGGCCGGGCGACACCGCGCCCCGGCCGCCGCCGAGCUCUUCUUCCGCCGCCCGCCCUUCCGCGGCUCCUUCGCGCUCGGCGCCGGCCUGGCCGAGGGGCUGCGGGGGCUCCGAGCCUUCCGCUUCUCCGCUGCCGAUGUCGCGUACCUGCGCUCUGUCCUGCCCAGCACCAUCGACGACGCCUUCUUUGACUACCUGGCCACCCUGGACGCCUCCGAGGUGACCGUCACCGCCAUUCCCGAGGGCUCCGUCGUCUUUGCCAGGGUGCCAUUCCUGCAGGUGAAGGGGCCGCUCCUGGUGGUGCAGCUGCUGGAGACCACCUUGCUGUGCCUGAUCAACUACGCCAGCCUGGUGGCCACCAACGCUGCCAGAUUCCGCCUCCUGGCCGGGCCGGACAUGAAGCUCAUAGAGAUGGGGCUGCGCCGCGCGCAGGGGCCAGACGGAGCCCUCUCGGCAUCCAAAUAUUCCUACAUUGGGGGCUUCGACUGCACCAGCAACAUCCUGGCGGGAAAACUGUACGGAAUUCCGGUGCGCGGCACCAUCGCCCACUCCUUCAUCAUGUCCUUCAGGUGCCUGGAGGAGGUGCAGCCACGGGAGCUGCCGCCCCGGGCCGGAGGAGAUCCCGUGGAUCUGGCAGACCUGGCUGUGUCCUGGCUGCAGAGGGUUUGUGACCUGCUCCAGACUCCUCCCAGCAAGGCCAACCAGGGAGAGCUGGCCGCCUUCGUGUCCUACGCUGUCACCUUCCCGUGUGACUUCCAGGGAUUGCUGGACACUUAUUGUGUCAGGAGGAGUGGUUUGCCCAAUUUCUGUGCCGUGGCCUUGGCACUGCACCAGCUGGGGUACCAGGCCAUCGGAGUGCGCCUCGACAGUGGGGACCUGGCCCAGCAAUCCAAGGAAAUCCGGGGAGUGUUCCAAGCCUGUGGAGCUCACUUCCAGGUGCCCUGGUUUGGGACCAUCCCCAUCGCUGUCAGCAACGACAUCAGCGAGCAGAGCCUGGAGGAGUUCAGGAGGGAGGGGAGCGAGAUCGACAUGAUCGGCAUCGGGACCCACCUGGUGACGUGUCCCCUGCAGCCGUCGCUGGGCUGUGUCUACAAGCUGGUGGAAGUCAAUGGCUCCCCGUGCCUGAAGCUCACGGAGGAUGAGGAGAAGAUGACAAUCCCGGGGAUGAAGGCAAUCUAUCGGCUCUAUGAUGCUGCUGGUCACCCCUUCAUGGACCUCAUGGCCCUGGAGGAGGAGCCGCCGCCCAGCGCGGGGCAGGAGCUGGGGAUCCGAGUCCUGGGGCGGCUGGAGGAGACCACCAAGGUCAUUCCCAGCACUGUGGAGCCCCUCCAUCGCACCUACUUCAGGGAUGGCCAGGUGUGUGAGUCCCUGCCCAGCCUGCCCGAGGUGAGGACCCACGCCCAGGUGUCCCUCAACCUGCUCAGCCCUGCUCACCGCCGGCUCCACGAGCCACAGCCCUACCCAGUGGCCGUGACGGAACGGCUGCACCAGCUCUUCCUGGAGCUGCGCCAGGGCAGCCUCUGAGGGGGUCCCUGCUCGUCCCCAGCUCCUGCU